GCAUCUUGUAGGUUUAAAAUUUCGAUUUCUCUUCUUAUUCUUCUUCCCCCUCCGAAAUUCUCCGAGCCCCGAUCCUCCCUUCCUCCGGAUUUCCACCCCUUCACAGCUGAAAAUGGCGGAUUCCAAGACUAAAUUUGAAUCUCUGAGGGAAUGGGUCGUCGAGCACAAGCUUCGCACCGUGGGUUCUCUUUGGCUGAGCGGUAUUGCGGGUUCAAUUGCAUACAACUGGUCUCGACCCAACAUGAAAACCAGCGUUAAGAUCAUUCAUGCGAGGUUGCAUGCACAGGCUCUUACACUUGCAGCGUUGGCUGGAGCUGCAGUGGUAGAGUACUACGAUCACAAAACAGGGGCAAAGGCUGAGAGAUAUGCGAAAUUCCUCCCAAUGGAAAGUUUCAACUCACAGAAGGAUUGAUUGAUCUUUUAUCUGACAUCAGUAUGGCACAUUGGUUUUCGAAUGAAUUCUAAGUAAUAAAUCUGAUUGUAGCCGCAGCCAGCCCAUCACAGUUUUCCGGGUUGUUUUUGCGCGGGUGCCUUAUACAAAUUGAUAUUUCCAUAUGCGUCUUUGAUAGCAUGAUAGCAAUUUGACGUUUUUUUUUUUUUGAAAAAAAAAAUGAAACAACUCAUUUAGUACGAUAGAUGUAGUGAAUUGAUGUGCUGGCAUUCAGCGGAGCAGGUGGAAGUGUUUUUGUUGGAAUUGAAAGGAUUCUAAUCUCGUUGGAACGGAUUGCA